AUGGUUCUCAGUGCUUCCGUCUCCGGGACCGGGGCUGUCAAAAGGCCCUUAUCAUCCUUGCAGGACGGAUGUGCUGGGUGGGAGAGCGCUCCACCUAUGAGCGCUCAUUUGCGUCCCUCCCUCAACCUCCCGUUUGCCCAUUAUGCCUUGAUAUAUCUCGACAACAUGGGUAGACUCAAGGUUGCCGAGUCACCCUCUAUCCAAGAACAGCAUGGGACUGUUUUUACCCCAGAUGUCCGUGAGAAAUUCUUGGAAAUCCUGGGAUCCAAGAUCGGGUAUCAUAAGCCCUUGAUACGCCGGGUUUCUGACCUUCCUUACGGCUAUAACCGCGCUCAUGACGUCGCCUACCACCGACAGGGCAAGCGCCGCAAGGCUCCAACACACGAUCCUGCACUUGACAUGUCCUUUAGCGACCACUUUUCUGACCGCGUGGAGGAGGUUCCUCCCUACUCAGCUACUAACAUGGUGGCGUUGGAGGUUGGUGACACGGAAAAAGUGCUUGAGUACUACGAGACUGCCCUGAAGCACUUCCAGCAGAUAAAUUGCCGCCAGAUUGCGAAAGCUUUUAUCAAGUUCAUCGAACCACGCAAGCAGGUCAAGCACCCAUACAAUGGAGGUCGACCUCGGGCUGGAGCACCACCGGGAGAAAAAGGAGAUCCAGAGAAGACAAAGCCAGAAUGGUGGCCCGCGGGGGUUCAGCAUAAGGAGCCUGAUCAUUUGAAGAAAGAGCAGCGACUUCGACUCUUGAUCCAUAUCCUGCGCAAGCUCGGUAAAUUUGGCAUCACGUCCGACAAGUUGCAGGAAGUCGCACACGAUUCUAAACGACAGCUUCGCCCAGAAGAGAAAAUGGAAAUAUUGAAUGAGAUAUUCAGAGUUCGAAGACUGGAGGAGCGCUUUGAGCGGGGUGAAGUUGACCCUACCACUGUGGUUUAUAUCCUGAACCGUGAUGCCAACCCCAAGGAAACCAAGGAUAACGAGUCCGUCAGUGAUGCAGAAAAGGUUGAUGGUGAUGAGGAGGAUGCUGACGAGGGCCUCAUGACACCUCCUCCAUCAUCAGAUCAUCUUACUGGUUCAUUUGCGUCAAUUGACCAAAUGACAAUAUCACAAAACCGAUCUUUUAGCAUUGGUGCCGAUCGAGGCCAGCUCUUCCCCCUCAGCGAUCCUCUAAGCUUUGGAGAGCAUUCUAGACCGGACCGCCCAUUUUUCACUUCAGCUGCAGAGUAUCCUGAUGAUUAUUCUUCGCAUCCGAUUCUCAAAACUUCCGCAGCCUCUGGGGUGGUUAGUCCCGCUGAGCAGCCUGCCGCUUUCGACUACAUGUCGCACACUCCUUAUACCGCUUCUGCAGGAGAGCAACAUCGCCCUCUUACAAUGCCUAUGCAGCACCAUGUCAAUCACUUCGAUGCCUGGAAUUCGCCUUUCCGCCCUCAUGUGUAUAAUGCCAUCGAGUAUGGAGCCAGCCAAGCUAUGGCCCAGCCCUCUAUACACUAUCAAAUGCCGAUGAAUCCUACGUCCCAUGUUCAAGAAUUAUCUCACGGAAUUCCAGAAGUAGUCCGAGAAAAGGGGUCUCAUAUGGAACUUAUGGGUGCUCGGGGUCCAAGUUUCCGCACUGGAUCUCUCAACCAUCCCAAUGUUCUCACUGCGCAUGGCUCACACCCUACCUCCGGGUAA